UCUGAUUAAUCGCAAACUGGUGUUUACGAUAAAACAAUACCAGACUUAAGAAGGUAAAAUGUGACGUAGUGUGGGCGUGUGUAGAGUCCCGGAUGUUACGGACAAAAUGGCGGCGCCCUGUAGGAGAUUUCUGAGGUCCGCCAUAGAAGGUCUUCGCUGCUUCUCCAGCGGAAAUUUCCAUUUCCAUACUCCUCAUACCCAGAGGUGGACCUUCUCAGGCCUGCGGUGGUGUGAUCUCCAGCACCGAGCUCUUCACUGCAGCAGCUCCUGUUCACUAAACAUCACCAGGACAGAUGCAGCGAAAUCCACAGACCCUUUAAAAGAGCGGGAGAAGAAAGAAGAAGAAGAAGCAGAGGAAGAUUCAGGACCUGAGUAUAUUCCUAAAAGAAAAGCGAAAAACCCGAUGAAAGUAAUCGGAUACGCUUGGAUCAUUGGUCUUCCGUCUGGUGUAAUUGGGUUCAUUCUGGCCAAAAGGCAAGUGGACAAGAACCGACUGGAGCAGCUGAAGAUCCGGCAACGGAUGAAGAAAUCCAACGAGGGAGAGUAUGAACGUGAGCGUUACAAACCGGCAGCAGAGGAGCAGUGACCCGAUUCCCCAGGUUGUGUUGAUGUCAGAAUCAGGACUGAUGGUUUGAUGUGAAACCUGUGUAAUAUAUUGAAAAUGAGAGCCUCGGAUCUCAGCUCUGGAGGACGAGCAGACAGAACUGAGUGCAUCUUUGUGUUAGUCUUCACUUUCUUUACCUACAUUAAGAAUUUUAUGAAGAUUGGAGAACGUCUGAAAAACAUCAAGGAGGUCCAGAGAUCUUCUGGAGUGGACUUAGUUUUGUCCUCUCCUGCUCCACAGCUGAGAUCUGAGCACCUAAGUCAUUUGGAAGUGUGGUGUGGAAGCUUGCUUGUUUCUAGCAGCAAUAAACGCUCAUUCCUUCA